AUGAAAGAUUAUGAGCAAGUUAUGACUCGAUUACACGGCCUUGCUGGAAAAGUUGAAUAUGUAACAGAUUAUUUAAAAGGACUCUAUGGACAUAAUGUUACUGCAGUUUCUCUUUUAUCGCGUGCUGCAAAGUUGGAACAAGAGCUGGGAAUCACAAUGGAUAGAUUAGCGAGAAGAAAUCGACAAGCAUUAUUUUGCUGGUUCACAGAAAACUGGGAUUUGAUUUUACCAAUUCUUACAAGGAAUUCAAGCAAGAAAAUUUUGAAUGAGUCAAUGUCUGAUUGCUAUAUUAAUUUUUUAGACGUCAAACAAUUACUCAAUUAUCAUUGA